UACUGUGGUGACGCACUGCGGCCGCUUGGUGCAUUAGUUUUCUCAUCAUGGACGGCGAAGCGGAUCCGUCCUGUGCACCGGUGUAUUACACAGCGACCGCCGGACAGGGUUCUUGCGGCGGCGGCUCGUCCGGCGGUGGUGACGCAAACGCGGGCCCGCGUCGUGCCCCGAGCUCGACCUCGCAACAUGUUGGCCCGGUCUCUCAGCCCGGGGAAGACUACUCUUCCUACGACAUCGUCAAGGCUACGCAAUAUGGAGUUUUUGAACGCUGCCGCUACCUGGUGGAGGUGGAAGGCUAUGACGUGAACAAGCCUGACGCUGAAGACGUCACGCUGCUUCACUGGGCGGCCAUCAACAACCGCCGGGAGAUCGUCAACUUCUACGUCUCCAAGGGGGCCGUGGUGGACGCCAUUGGCGGAGAACUGCGCUCCACCCCGCUCCACUGGGCCACUAGGCAAGGCCACCUCAGCAUGGUUGUGCUCCUGAUGCGGCAUGGCGCCGACCCUUCUUUAGUAGACGGCGAAGGCUGCAGCUGCAUUCACCUGGCGGCCCAGUGCGGCCAGACGGCCAUUGUGGCCUACCUGGUGGCCAAGGGCCAGCCGGUCAACCAGCCGGACAGCAACGGCAUGACCGCCCUCAUGUGGGCCGCCUACCGCGUCAUGACAAACGACCCUGCACGCCUACUAGUCACCCUGGGUGCCAGCCUAACGAUGGCCGACACCUUCCACCGCAACACCCCACUCCACUGGGCGGUGUACGUCCGCAACAGCACCGCCGUGUCGCUGCUUGUCAAGGCUGGCUCCGACGUCUUCUCCAAGAACUCCCAGGGCGACACUCCGCGGAUGAUGGCCGAGAAGCUCAAGUCGGUCUGGAUAACGGAUCAGCUCCUUGAGGCGGAAAAGAAGCGGGAGGUGCGGCAGCGGAACUUCCUCGUGCGGAUCAUCAGAGACAAGACGCUCAAGUACUGGGCCAUGUUCUCCUCGCCGUUUGUGGUCUUCUAUGUGAUUGGUCUGGUGCUCGACAGCCAGGAAACCCAUCUAGUCAAGUUUGGCCUCCUCUUUAUAAUGGGCUGCGUCACUGCCUUCCUGUCCAGGUUUCUCUUUGACGAGCGGGUGAUGAAUGUGCUCCCUAUGUCCGUGUACAUGGCCACCAAGUUCUGGAUGUACGUCACCUGGAUCACCGACUUGUGGUCCUACGUGGGUGGCUUCUGGGCAAAUGCUGGCUUUGCGGUCUCCUCGGUGCCACUUUUCUACUCCUUCUACAAAUCCUGGAGGUCUGAUCCGGGCAUCAUUAGUGCCAACACUCAGCAGAAGUACCGGACGAUAGUGGAGCUGGCGGAGCGCGACGGCUUCGACCCGGCGCUGUUCUGCAGCACCUGCCUGGUGAGGCGCCCCAUGCGGUCCAAGCACUGCUCCGUCUGCAACCACUGCGUGGCGCGCUUCGACCACCACUGCCCCUGGGUUGGCAACUGCGUCGGAUCCGGCAACCACGUCUACUUUGUUAACUACCUAUUCUUCCUGCUCAUCAUGCUAUGUUGGGCCUGGUUCGGCUGCUUUGCAUUCUGGAGACACAAACUAAGCGAGUUGAGCGAUCCACGCGACCGGACCCUGUGGACUGCUCUGUCCCAGAGCGGGUGGAUUGCCUGGAUCGCCUUCAACUGCCUCCUGCACAGCACCUGGGUCACCUGCCUCCUCCUGUGCCAACUCUACCAGAUGGUGUGGCUAGCAAUGACGACGAACGAGCGCAUGAACUGCAACCGCUACUCUCACUUCAAGAGGAGCAACUCUGGCCGCAUCGUCAGUCCCUUCGACAUGGGCCCCGUAAGGAACCUGGCGGACUUCUGCGAGUGGCGCUGCUUGGGUGCGAAGCCACGCGAUUGGAAGAACGCCCACGAAGCCGACGAGGAGGACGAAAAGCAGACGCUGCUGCAUUACGUCUGAUUGGUCGGCCUUCUGUUUGCCGUGGCCAGCCUGACUCUCGGCGCGUUUCGUGCAGUGCGCCGUACAGAACCCUCGGACCCGGUGGGACUCAACGUCGUCUCUGUGAUCCAAAUGCAGCGAGCCAAAAAACGAAAAAUGAGCUUCAAGAAACAAGCUCCAGCACGGUUGUGCAUGCGUCUAGGAAAGACCAUCUUCGCAUUCUUUUUCGCGUGGCCCAGUUGCUCCAGAAUGAGCUGCUGGGAGUGUUCCUCGAACACUGUGAGGUGCUCGCAUAGACAUUUACUGCGAAAGCCGUUACGGGUGAACUGGAACUGUACAUAACGCGAGAUCCGAGCAGCCGGAGCACCAGCACAUCUUGCGCCGACAUCCCGACCGCUAGCUGUCCUGGAGACCUGCCUCGAGUUGCGUCGCAAGACGUCGUCUAGUGUUCCGUAGUUUAGAAGUGCUGCUAUAAUCAAAAGCGUGUUACCUUUUUGAUUUUGGUGCUUGUUUUUAUUGUGAAACAAUGACGGGGUGUGUGCAUGACGUAUUGAUCUCACCGGCCACGCGUGCUGGGAGGCGGUGCAGAAGUUCGACGAAGAAGCGUUCCGGUGAGUCGAAGCAAACUACCAUGCUUGAUUAGCUUUGAAGUUUGGUCUAGUGGAUGUACGGACAUAAUAAAAACAAAAACGGUAUGAAAACGAGGGCAAAGUACAAAGUAGCCGUCCUGUCGGUUAGCUUUUGCUUUGUCCUCAUGUUUGCGCUGUUUUUUUGUUUUUACGACGCUUGCAAUGCACGACACCGUGCUACAGAACUCUCAAUCGUAACUACCUUUAGAGGAAUAAUAUCCGUAACUCUUGCGGAACAAGUGUCCAUAGAUAUUACGAAAUGCUGGUUGUUGUGGGAACGGAAGAAUGAGAGUUAUAAACGUGUCUGUUGUGUGUACCAAAGUUGCGAACUUUGGCACGCGGGUAAGAACACUUUUGUCCCGAGUAUUAACAAUCCACAAUUUUGGUCUCUUGUAAAUACUGAUAGCUUGCCGUGCUAGCAAUGCGAGCUUUCACUUUGCAUCACUAGGAUAGGUUCCUAUUGUGUUGUUGCAGUUCUGGCUUUGUUUCUGGGUUCUGGCAGCAUACUCUGUCUGUGACAUUAGAGUGGUUAGAUUACAAGGGGUGUGACUCUUGGUGUCGUGUGAUUUAGGAGGCAGUAAAUGGAAAUGGCACAUUCCAUGUAUGGAUGUUCUGUAGAGUGUCUAUGUUGUGGCUGUGCGGUAUGUGACUCAAGGAUGAUCUACUUUGGCUAAUGAAAACAUUAGAAACUGGAAACUUUGCAAAUUGUACUUGCUCAGGAUCAUUGGGAUGGUUGGUCUUGUGUUGCUUUUUGAGCAAGUCUCUAUUGGUAGUUUAGUUUGAUAUUGAAAUGUUUCUGCUAAAUAUAAGGGAACAAUUAUUCUCGUUUUAGGAGUAUAAAGUGACAGACCUUAUUGAGCAGUCAAAAUUGGUGUUGUUACGGUGGCUAAGUUAGUCAAAACCAGUUUCAAGGCAAAUGAUAACUAUUUGUGACCACCUCUGUGCUAGAAGACACUCCUAUACAUACCUGAUUGCAUUGCAAAAGCCAUCUUGUUAGAACUUGUGCCUUGCGUUUAUCAGUCAUUGUGUCAUGGUAUUUAAUGAAGGGACACUUCAUUCCUAACUCCUUGCUAAGUUUAUAAACAUUUUUAUUGCAGAUCCACUCCACCAAACUAGUUGUCCCUGGUAACUUGUCUAAUAAGACUUCAAAAGCUUGCUUAUGAAAUUCAUCCAAAUGUCUCUCGAUUCGUUUCAUGCACCCGGGAUUAGCAAGUAGCGUUAGAGUUGGGAAGUGCAAUCCAUGUCGCGAGGCUUCGGGAAAACAUGCUUUGUCUCGUGAGAGCUACUGCGGUUCAUAAAACACAUAAAAUGUACAUAAAAUGUUUCGGCCUUCUUUCGAACUGUCAUUUGCCUCUUAGUGUAGGCUCAGGGAUGUUCACUUUUGCCAUUUGCACCAAGUCUCGAGUUUGUGACGUGAACUGAAAGAGUGGGUCAGUCAGGACUAUAUUUGGUUUCACAUUAAGUCCGGACACUGUCAAAGCCAAGGGUGUGCACAAGCCUACACGCCAACUGAAAGCACAAAGGUACACACUAUGCGCUGGGCGAGCCGGUGGAUGACCACACGCAGAAAGACAUAGAACGGGAUGACGUUGUACUUUCGGCACUUCUUCGUUGGCCCGCUGGCUCAUAACAUUGGCAGCACUCUGGCGUAAGGUGAAACGAAGUAUACCGUUCGCUUGAACUUACCUUUGAAUAUUUUUAUGCAUAUGAAGUGUUUAUUCUGAGCUCCAGUUUGCCAAAUUGCACAGGAAAAAGAAACGUGAUAUUGUUCUUUUAGCAGCAGUCUGCAUCGGGAAUGUGGGUGUUCUGGCCAGGUUUUUGGAAGACCAUCAACAUAUCGUGUUACCCGCUGGCUGUGAAGGCGGGCAGAAUUCAGGUCUGAAAAUAAGUUAGCGGUCACAAUUCCCCAAUAGAGCAUAAUGCGUUUUCUGGAGUUAACAUUUAUGAACUGACCAUGAAGCUUCUGUUACUUUUCAUCAUGUUUUUGUUUUGAGACUGUUUUGUUUACGUAGUCUAGCACUUCAAAAUGUAUGUACAGAUUAUGGAGAGUGAUGGCCUUUUUAUGUGCUUGUUUUCCUCUUCUGCAGAUUGGUUUGUGUACUGGUAAAGAAAACUGCCCAAUCUCAAUGACUGAUUAACGAGCAUUUUGAAAUAAAUACAUCAUCCCUGUAUGCCGA